UCCUCAACGCCCAAGCCCCCACUGCCGAAAACGCAUCAUAAUUCCAAAUCCAAUUGAAUGAGAUUGAAGAUUACUUCGGCCAUGGCCAUGGCCUUUCGAUUUCCAGGUAAUCCUUCUUCUUUGAGUUCUCUCUUACGACCUCAAACUUGUUCUUACUAUCAUUACACUAAUACCAACACUAGAACUAGCGAUCAUGGUCACUUCGAGAAAUCCAUCUACAAACUCUGUGGAUCUGGAAAUCUCGAUCUGAACGAAGCUCUGGGAUUAUUCCAUUCCAUGAUUCAAAUGCGACCACUUCCUUCUAUUUGGGCAAUUGAUCACUUGCUUGGUGCUCUCUCCAAGAAUCACCACUAUUCAACUGUUGUUUCUAUGUACACUCAGCUCACGAUGAUGGGGACUGUUCGUUUUCGACCUCGAGUCGGUACUCUGAAUGUUGUCAUCAAAUGUCUAUGUCGUUUGCGGAAAGUGGAUUUGGGUUUUUCUGUUUUGGCAGUUAUCUAUAAAUAUGGCUUUUCCCCAAAUGAUCGUACACUAACUACACUUCUUCACGGGCUUUGCAGACAAGGCUCCAUGGUUGAAGCCAUGGAGUUGUUUGGUUUAAUAGUGGAGAAGGGGUUCCCGUGUGAUGAGUAUACUUAUGGAACCAUCAUUAAUGGGCUUUGUAAAGCCGGGAAAACUAGCAAGGCAUUUGAGUUGCUUGAGCAAAUUCAACAUCAUGAGAAGCUUAAUCCAACUGUUGAAUGUUUUGGUCCAAUAAUUGAUGGUUUUGGUAAAGAAGGGCAGAUAGAUAAGGCUGUGAGCCUAUUUCAAGAGAUGAACAGUUGUGGUGUUCGACCAAAUGUUGUAAUUUAUAAUUCAUUGAUUAAUGGAUUAUGCAAAUUUGGUAGUUUUGAAGAAGCCCAUAGACUCCUAAUCAACAUGAUUGAUUCUGGAAUUUCAGCUGAUGUAUAUACAUAUAGUAUUGUAAUUGAUUCUCUUUGCAAAGUAGAGAAAACUGAUGAAGCAAUCUUAAUAUUUGAGUUGAUGACUAGAGAAGGUGUGGAACCUGAUGUUGUUGCAUUUACUUCGCUCAUUUCUGCGUUGUCGAAGGAAGGAAGAACUAUUGAGUCACUUUCUCUCAUGGAGAGAAUGAAGAACAGAGGUCUAAAGCCUGAUGUCAUUGCCUACAGCUCUUUAAUUCAUGGAUUUUGUCAUUCAAACCAAUGGAGGGAAGCCAUGGAGUUGUUGAAAGAAAUGAAGGAGCAAGAGAUUUCACCUGAUGUGGUAACAUUCAAUAUUAUAGUGGAUGCAUUUUGUAAAGAGGGAAAGAUGAAGGAAGCUCUUGAUGUGUUUGGUCUGAUGACUCAAUGGGAUAUAAGACCAGACAUUGUCACAUAUAACUCCUUACUAUACGGAUUGUCUCAGGCUGGUCAUUUGGAAGAAACUGGUAAAGUUUUUGACAGCAUGGUGCAUCAGAAUAUCUAUCCUGACAUUAUAACUCUAGAUAGACUUUUGGAUGCUUAUUCUAAAAGAGGUAUGAUGGACAAAGCUCAAAAGAUGUUUGAUGUAAUGAUUCGAUAUGGUCAAGCGCCUGAGACAACAACUUAUAGCAUAAUGAUUAAAGGAUACUUUUUGCAAGGACAAACAAAUAAGAUGAAAGAGUUAUAUGAACUGAUGUUAUCGAACGGGGUUCUACCAGAUUCGAAGGCUAUAUGAAAGUUGAAAAAACAAGAGUUGCUGUCAAUUUUAUGAAAGAAUUGAUUGAGAAAGGUGUGGUUCUCGAUCGUGUCAGAGAAAAUAUUUUGGGAAAGAUUCUAACCAAAAGGCUUUAAUUAUGUGUGGUGGAAUCUUGAAUCUAUUCUAACUAUGUAAAUAUUUUAUUGACAGUGAGCACGGAGUUCUCAUCAUAUAGUUUAUGUUCCACAAUUAGCAUUGUACAAAUUAGCUAAUAAGUGGCUGCAUUACCCAGUUUGAUUGUGUUGUGCGUACCAAGACAUGAGAAACCAAGUACAAUAAAGGAUCGCAUAUAUACUUCAAUCAGAAAGGUACUUCAGGGGCCAUACUCGCAUGUUUGAAUGUAGAUCGAAGCUGGCCAUUUAAACUCAACUGUGCAAUUUUCAGGUCGAACUCCCAUGAGUAACUCUACAUAUCGCGGGUUGCAGAGAUGCUAUUGCCGAAUUCGAUAGCAAGAUCAUGCCUCACUCGGGGGACUUCAAAUUGUGGCUUGCAGAGAAGCUCCUGUCUUGUGUAUUGGGUAAGAAGUAAGCCUGAUAACCUUGAGUCUUCACCUGGUCACAUGGUUCUACAAGAACAAAUAUAGAGAAAAUAUUGUCCAUUCAUUAGAGACAUAAGUGGAGAAUUUUGGGACACAACAUAUAUCAUAAUUUUCAGUGUUUAUCUUCUUUACACAAUCUUGUGAUUUUUUUUUCAAGUCAAUUUUCUCAAGCUUCUUGAUCUGUUCUAAAAGGACAUUGACUUGAGAAUACUUGAGAGUUGGGAAGGUAGAAAUGUAAUAUUUUUUACCAACUAUCAAAAAUAACAAUGAAUAUUAGAAUUAGCUUCCAAUUGAAUGGAAACUAAUGCCACUGAGAAACCCAUGUGGAUUUAAAUAUAUAAAGAAAAAGUGGUGCAUUUUAUUUU